AACCAUCCCUCCACUCCUCUUGAUAUUUUUCCUUCCACUGCCGUCCAUGUAACCUAACCUGUCAGAUAUUUCAUUAGCGACUACACUCUACACAAUACUGCCAUAAGCAAGUUGAGCAAGAAAAACACACGCACUCUCUCUCUCUGUCUACUUUGUUAAUGGUAGAUAAGAUGGGUCUUCCUCUUGUACUACCAAACCCUCCACCUCCAAAACCCUUCUUUCAAGACCACCACCACCACCACCAUGCCAUACCUCCACAACCACCACCUCCUCCACUCACCCCUCUCUUUCAAGACCUCCUUCCCCAACAAAACUCUCACAAUUCCUCACAUACCCACAACCCCCAAUCCCCUCUCACCCGAACACGGCGUCGCAUCGGCAAAUCCCGGGACCCCAACAGAGGCAAGCCAUGGUCUCACCACCGUCUCUCCCCUGAAGGUCAGCAUAUUCUCCAAACCCUAGUCGACCCUGAUUUUGAUAUCACUCAGAUUGACCAAAUAUUAAAUGAAUUCUUCAAUUCACGUGAACAACAAGAAGAAGAAUCAGAAUUGUGUAUUGGGUCUCUUUCUUUAGAUAUUUUGGGUAUAAUUAAGGGUUUAGGGCAUUACAAGAAAUGUGACCUGGCUAUGAGUGUGUUCGGUUGGGUUCGGAAUCGGAAUCGGAAUGAUUCUCGACUUCUGUUGAGUGGGUCUGUUGUUGCUGUAAUUAUAAACAUUCUUGGCAAAGAGGGUCAGGUCUCAUCGGCAGCUAAUUUGCUUCAUAGUCUGCAUAAAGAUGGUUUUGGUAUUGAUGUUUAUGCUUAUACUUCUUUGAUAACUGCCUCUGCUAAAAAUGGGAAGUAUAGGGAUGCAUUGAUGGUUUUCAAGAAAAUGGAGGAAGAGGGUUGUAAACCUACAUUGAUUACAUACAAUGUGAUUCUGAAUGUUCAUGGGAAAAUGGGUAUGCCGUGGAAUAAGAUUAUGGCAGUUUUUGAGGGGAUGAAGAAUUCAGGGGUUGCUCCAGAUGCAUAUACAUAUAAUACUCUAAUAAGUUGUUGUCGCCGAGGGGCAUUGUAUGAAGAAGCUAAUCGGGUGGUCAGAGAGAUGAAGAUAGCGGGUUUUAUGCCUGAUAAAGUAACUUAUAAUGCGCUAUUGGAUGUCUAUGGAAAGUCUCGGAGGCCUAAGGAAGCCAUGGAAGUUCUGCGGGAGAUGGAGAUUAAUGGGUUUUUGCCUAGCAGCGUGACUUAUAAUUCAUUGAUAUCGGCUUGUGCUAGGGAUGGUUUAUUGGAGGAAGCAAUUGAGUUUAAAACCCAAAUGACGGGGAAAGGGAUUAAGCCAGAUGUAUUUACUUAUACAACUCUCUUAUCAGGGUUUGAGAAGGCCGGGAAGGAUGAGUCUGCAAUGAGGGUUUUUGAGGAGAUGAGAAGUGUGGGUAUUAAUCCAAAUAUAUGUACCUUUAAUGCUCUUAUUAAGAUGUAUGGUAACAGGGGAAAAUUUACGGAAAUGAUGAAGGUUUUUGAAGAGAUCAAGGCAUGCGGGUGUGCCCCAGAUAUUGUUACUUGGAAUACACUUCUGGCAGUAUUUGGGCAGAAUGGAUUGGAUUCCGAAGUGUCGGGAGUGUUCAAGGAAAUGAAGAGAGCGGGAUUUGUAGCUGAGAGGGACACUUUUAAUACCUUAAUUAGCGCCUACAGCCGGUGUGGAUCUUUUGAGCAAGCUAUGUCUGUUUAUAAAAGAAUGUUGGAUGCAGGGGUCACUCCUGACCUUUCCACCUAUAAUACUAUCUUGGCAGCACUGGCACGGGGAGGGCUUUGGAAGCAGUCUGAGAAAGUACUUUCCGAGAUGAAAUAUGUUCGGUGUAAACCCAAUGAGCUGACGUACAGUUCUUUGCUGCAUGCUUAUGCCAAUGGGAAGUCACUCGAACGGAUGUGUGCUCUUGCAGAAGAGAUAUACUCUGGCAUAAUUGAACCACAUGCCGCGCUGUUGAAAACACUUGUUCUAGUUAAUAGCAAAUGCGACCUUUUAUUGGAAACAGAACGGGCUUUCUUGGAGUUGAGAAGAAAAGGUUCCUCUCUUGACAUAACUACUUUGAAUGCCAUGGUUUCGAUAUAUGGACGGAGGCAGAUGAUUACCAAAGCAAGUGAGAUAUUGAACUUCAUGAUUGAGGGUGGGUUUACUCCUAGCCUAACUACUUACAAUAGCUUGAUGUAUAUGUACAGCCGCUCUGCAAAUUUCGUGAAAUCCGAAGAUAUACUGAGGGAUAUUUUGGCAAAAGGAAUCAAGCCUGAUGUAAUUUCAUACAACACUGUAAUUUUUGCUUAUUGCAGAAAUGGUCGGAUGAGAGAUGCCUCACGGAUAUUUGCGGAAAUGAGGGAUUCUGGUCUUAUUCCAGAUGUCAUCACGUAUAAUACCUUUGUUGCAAGUUAUGCUGCUGAUGCAAUGUUUGUGGAGGCCAUUGAUGUGGUUCAAUACAUGAUUAAGCAUGGCUGUAAACCAAAUGAGAGCACAUACAACUCCAUCGUAGAUUCAUAUUAUAAGCACAAUCGGCGGGAUGAGGCAAUAAUGUUUGUUAAUAGCCUUCGGAAGCUUAAUCCACAUGUUUCCAAGGACGAAGAAUGCAGAUUAUCAGAACGAUUAACAAAGAAAUGAUCAUCGAAGAUCCAAUUCUAUUGAUGCAAUUGCUGCUGAGUUUGUGUACUCCUUGGCUCUGAAACUUGUACAUCCUCAGCUGAUACAUGGCGAAGGACUUGCUCAUUUGGCUUGUAUAGCUGACAUCAAGUCUUGUGUUACUCAGUUGGAAAUGAUGGGAAAGUUAAAUAACUUCAUGGUAUGUACAAUCACCAAUAUAACACUAAAUAGGAAUCUAUGUCUGCCAUUAAUUAGUGAUGGCUGAUACUUUAUUUAUAUGAUUAUAUUCUUGUUAUAUGUAUGUAUUUUUUUUUUAUACGAUUAUAUUCUUGUUGUAUGUAUGUAGUUAUAUAAAUCUGUUACUAUUUUAUUUCUCA